GUUCGAUUAAUGUAGACUAGGGAUUGUGCUAGUCGUUUAAACGGAGCUAAAACAAGUCGAGGAUGUUAUAUUUUCCUUAGCUAUAAACUUGCUACGUAUUCCACAGGUUGUGGCCUUUGGCAGGAUGUUAGGAUGGCAAGUGGCCCUGGCUUGCCGGACAGCCUGGUGCUGGAAAUCUUCUUGCAUCUCCCUCAUAAGGCUGUGCUGAGCGCUGGGUUCACCUGUCGUCAGUGGUUUGCUGUGUCGCGGGAUGAGUUCCUCUGGAGGGAGCUCUUCUACAACUACUACUGCAUCCCGCACUCUGUGCCUCGCCACCCUGCUGCUGUGUCAUGGUACAGGGAGUUCAAACGGCUGUAUGACUGCAUUCCCUGUGUGGAGGUUCAGACUCUGAAGGAACAUCAUGAUCAGGUCCUGCAUUUGGCCUUCUCUCACCGUGGACAUCGCUUCUCUUCCUGCUCCAAGGACUGUACUGUUAAGCUUUGGGACACGGAGCGAUCAGAUGGCACAAUAUCUUUGGUUCACAGCUCCAGCAUGAGGCAGUUUAACUGGGGCUACACUCAGUUCUCACAGUUUAAUGCUGAUGACACCCUGCUGCUGGUCUCGGGGGUCUACCUGGGCCCACAUCACUCCUCCUCUGGAGAGAUCGCAGUCAUCAGUUUGGAGAACUACACUCUGCUGUCCCGUGUGAGAAAUAAGCCAUAUGAUGUUUUCGGCUGCUGGUUGAAUGAGACUCACCUCAUCUCUGGUAACCUUCACUGGAUUGGCAACAUGACCUCCUGCUCUGUGCUCUGGCUCAACAAAGCCUUCCAGGACAUUGAGUCAGAGAAUGUGAAUGUGGUGAAGCGUCUCUUUAAGAUCCAGAACAUCAAUGCCAGCACUAUCCGCACAGUAAUGGUGGCCCACUGUCGUCGACACGACUCUCCUGACCUCCUUCUGGACUACGAAGCUCAGUCACAGGCAAAAGCUCAAGCCCAGCGGACACAGCAACACCAGCCUCUCUUUUUUGAUCUGGGAAACACAGACAGUGAAGAGGAGGAGGAUGAACAUGAUGAGGACAAGGAGGAUGAGGAACGAGGAGAAAAAAGAGUGUCAGGACAUCUGCCCUCAUGUAACCCAUCCGGGAUUCAGCAUGUUAUACACGGUCAUCAAAGCAUAGCUACGCGGGAUCGAGAGUUGGAGACUAAGGUGGCCAGGUUGAUGGGCAGCAGAAGCACUAAAGCUCCUGAUCCAAAUCUGGUGACUCCAACAGCUCCUGGAGAAGGAGAGGACAAGACCUACCUCAUCUUCACCACCGGCAGCCUUACCUACUCGCCUCACCAAAUAGGCAUCAAGCGAAUAAUGCCAGAUCAAAUGACGACGUGCGGUCCUGUGUUGGGAGAGGAGCGCAGUACAGAUGAAUUCUUUGACUCACUGGAUCAUGUGAUAGACAUACACGGCCACAUCAUUGGCAUGGGUCUAUCACCUGACCAUAGAUACUUGUAUGUGAACAGUCGAGCAUGGCCAGCAGGCUGUGUGAUCUCUGACCCUAUGUCCCCUCCGCCCAUCGCAGAGGAGAUCGACCUGCAUGUGAUCGAUCUGAAGAGUCUUAGAGAAGAGCGCCGCAGCCUUCGAGCCCACCGGGCCUUCACACCCAACGAUGAGUGCUUCUUUAUCUUCCUUGAUGUCAGCCGAGACUUUGUCGCCAGCGGUGCAGAGGACAAGCACGGUUACAUCUGGGACCGGCACUACAACAUCUGCCUGGCUCACCUGAAACACGACGAUGUGGUCAACUCUGUGGCCUUCAGCCCAGCAGAUCAGGAGCUGCUGCUGUCCGCAAGCGACGACUCCACCAUUAAAGUGUGGCGCUCACCACGCAUGGUGCGCCUCGCGGAGCCACUUCAACGGCCCCCUCGGGCUCGCAAACUGCUCUCCUCUUUGUUUGGCCACAGAAAUGCUAAUCUGAAUGGUAAACCCUGACCUGGACCCUGUUGGGCAU